CAAGGUUUUGUUUACAACCACGUCACCAGGAAAUACUCAUCCUGAAGUGUUAAAAUGUUGAGACAGGAAUCUCAGGACGCUCCUCUUUUUGGUGAGGACGACGAUCACAGCAGGCCCAGAAAGUCUAAAAUUAGGCAUCCUCUGGCUUCAUUCUUCCAUCUCUUCUUCCGCACAAGUGCCAUCUUGGUCUACUUACUGUGUGAUCUCCUCAGCAGUCGUUUUAUUGUGUGUAUGGUCACCAUCAUCCUCCUGCUGUCCUGUGACUUCUGGACUGUUAAGAAUGUAUCUGGCAGACUGUUGGUGGGCCUUCGGUGGUGGAAUCAAGUAGAUGAAGAUGGAAAGAGCCACUGGGUGUUUGAGUCAAGGAAGACACACAGUCUGAACACAGCGUCCAGUGCUGAGUCACGUGUCUUCUGGCUUGGACUUAUCGUGUGCCCUAUCUUCUGGAUCAUCUUUGUGUUCAGCACCAUCUUCUCCUUCAAGAUUAAAUGGCUGGCUGUCGUAAUAAUGGGUUUGGUUUUACAAUGGGCCAACUUGUAUGGUUAUGUGAGGUGCAAGGUGGGAGGACAUUCCAACCUGAGUAGCAUGGCAAGGAACUACCUUGGUGUCCAGAUUUUUAAACAGGCAAUGAAGAAAACGGAGGGACCUUGAAGUUGAAGAGGACAAGUGAUGACCAUCUGCAGUGUAAUGCAGAACAACACUGGAUGAACAUAUUAUAUUGACUUGAAUCCUGUUGAAAAGGUGGCUGGUUUUUUCUGAGGGUAUGUGGGUUUUGUAUGUGUUGUUUCCUCUGAAUUCAUUGAUUGAUGAAUUCAAUAAUAAUUGCCAAAGUUUUCUGUAAAUUGAAAUAAAAUUCCACAUAGUUUCUGAGAUAAAAUUUCAUACAUUUAUUUUAAUAGUGCAUCUGUGUAGAGUCAGGGAGAUUUAGAUUUUUAUUGAUGUGAAAAAGCUAUUUUAUGUAAAUUAACACACAGAGCCUUACUUGUAAGCUGAGUUUACCAGAAGACUGUCAUAGCCCCUGUUGUGCUUUAAUUGGUCUUCUACCAGCAGAUAGUUAUUUAGAUAAGCUUUUUAUUAUUUCCCUAUUUAUUAAGGAGACCUGAGGACAAAUUACAUUAACACAAGAUCACAACAAGACAUUUAAUUCCCUCAAAACAGUCAUUGCACACAGCCACGGUGUUGCAGUUCAUUGGGUGCAUAGUACUGGAAACAUUAACAUUAAAAAGGUAAUGUAAAAAUGUGUGAUUCCUGGGGGGAUUUGGAUCAGGACGGGGCCAUAAAUUCAGGGAACCUUUGUUCUAAAAAUUAAGGCAUUGAUUGUGUUUCACAUGUAGGAGAAAUUUCUUUCUGACAGCUCAGCCCCUCAGGAAUGUGAAAAGGACAUUUUGGGAAACUAAAGAUAGGGUUGUUACCUUAUUGUGGCUGCUAAUCAAACUUAGGUUGUGGACAUUGAAGUUAGACUACUGCUUCAUGUUUUUUUUUUUUUUUUUUUUUUAAACUUAAUUUUGUUAAAAAUUAAAAGAAAGUUUCCCUGGGAACUUAUGUUUUACAAACACAGCAAUAAAGUUUU